CUUCUCUCAUCUCUGCGUGCAGCGUGCGUGAUGGACGCCUGUCUCCGCCUCGGCUUCUUCCUCCUCCUCGUGGCCGCGGCGUUCGCGCCGCUGGUCUCCGCGCAGCUCUCGGCAGAUUUCUACAAGACGUCGUGCCCCGACGCCGAGAAGAUCAUCUUGGGCGUCGUCGAGAAGCGGUUCAAGGCGGACCCCGGCACGGCCGCCGGCCUCCUCCGCCUCGUCUUCCACGACUGCUUCGCAAACGGCUGCGACGCGUCCAUCUUGAUCGACCCCAUGUCGAACCAGGCCUCCGAGAAGGAGGCGGGCCCCAACAUCUCCGUCAAGGGCUACGACGUGAUCGAGGAGAUCAAGACGGAGCUGGAGAAGGAGUGCCCCAACGUGGUGUCGUGCGCGGACAUCAUCUCGGUGAGCGCCCGCGACUCGGUGAAGCUGUCGGGAGGGCCCGAAUACGCGGUGCUCCUGGGGCGGCGCGACUCGCUCGUGUCCAACCGCGAGGACGCCGACAACCUGCCGGGCCCGGACAUCGCGGUGCCCAAGCUCAUCGACGAGUUCGACAAGCAGGGCUUCAACACGGAGGAGAUGAUCGCGAUGCUGGGCGGCGGCCACAGCAUCGGCGUCUGCAGGUGCUUCUUCAUCGAGACCGACGCCGCGCCCAUCGACGAGGCGUUCAAGAAGAAGAUCAGCGACGCCUGCGACGGCAAGGACUCGGGCUCCGUCCCCAUGGACUCCACCUCGCCCAACGACAUGGACGGGAGCUACUUCGGCCUGGUGCUGGAGAAGAAGAUGCCCCUCACCAUCGACCGCCUGCUGGGGAUGGACAAGACGACGGAGCCCAUAGUGAAGGCCAUGUCGGACAAGACUACCGACUUCGUCCCCAUCUUCGCCAAGGCCAUGGAGAAGCUCAGCGCCCUCAAGGUUCUCACGGGGAAGGACGGCGAGAUCAGGAAGACGUGCUCCGAGUUCAACAACCCGCAGAACACCAGCGGCAGCACGUCGGUGAUACGGAUCAGCUCCAUCGACGCCGACCAGAUGGCCGGCCUGUCGCAGCCAGGGUCGACGUCCAGGAAGGUGGGCGGCCGCGCGGAUGUCAGCACUCCCACCGCGGUGGAAACGCCCGCCAUGGCGGCCACUGAGGCGGCCGCCAAGGUUCCUGGCGGGGUGGUCGUCAGCGCCGGAGACCAGGAUAGGUCCGGCUCCGGCCCGAAGCUCCGCGGCAGCGGGGGACCUGUAGUGAACCCGGUCCCGGCGGCGCCCGGCGGCGCCGAGGAAGCUGCCAAGCAGCAGGAGGUGACGGACCUGGAGGAGAAGAAGAAGAGGAACAUGGCCAAGCUCCGCGGCGCCGGUCAGGCCAAGCAGUAGAUGGAUCAUCGGAGUAGGUGUUCGGGCCUUCGGGGUGCCACUGCCACUGUGCCAGGCCGCGCGCGCCGUUUCGCUGUGCGCGUGCUCCUCUCGUCAUCUUGUCACCCAAGUCAUAUUUUUUUUCUCUCUCUCUCUGUCCCUUUCGUUUGUGCAAGAAGGGACGAGCAAAGUACCUACCGCAGCGGAUUACUAAAUUGUCUAAUUACGCAAUUGUCGUGUCGAGUUUACUAAAGAUGACCACAGGUACCUUCUUGGUGUCCCCGGUCGGUCAGGAGAAGUCCUGUGGAGGCAUGCUCAAGUUUAGUAUAUCGCUUUUGCUUAAUAAUUGUCUGCGUGCAAAACUACGUGAGGAUGUGGUAAUGAAUCGUUAAUGUAAUAAAGUAUUUAAAUUUGACAUU